CUGAGAUGCAGAGAGAUGGACAAGAAGAUUGUUGAAUCAGUCAUUGAGGAUGCGAAAAGACAGUAUGCGGAAAAAGCCAAAGUCGGGUCUCCUAAGAUCACCAUCGACGACAAGGUCUUCCUCCCUCCACCUCCUAAUCCUAAGCUCCCUGAUUCUCACGACCCUCACUGCUCUGGCGGGGUGGUCUUGGCCUCUCAAGACGGCAAGAUUGUUUGCGAGAACACUUUAGACGCACGCCUUGACGUCGCCUUCAGACAGAA